CCAAAUCAGAAGGUGCUAUGCUAACCCCGUUGUAUAAUCAAUCUCCCAGCCAAUUUUGUUCCAUUCCGUCCUUGUCCAAGCUCCCAACAAAUCUCCACUUCACUGCGUCACGCGAAGAACUCUCAAAUCACAAGCAAGACGCUCAACUCUGUUCUCCACUUCUCCCUUCCUCAGCUGCCGCUGCAGCGCCCCACUCCCUCGCGGUCAAAUGGCCCCUGCCGCCGCCGCCGCCGCGGCCGUCCUGAGGCGGCCCCACCUCGCCGGCGUCCACUCGUUGGCAGGCCGCCGGCAGCCGGUGGUGGACCGCGUCUCGGUGCUUCCUCCGGCGACCCGCGUUUCAUGGCAGCGGGGAUCUGGAGGGGUUGCUAUGAGGCGGCGCCUCUGGGUGAGUGCGAGUGGUUCCAUGGAGCAAGAUGACGUUGGGGAGGACGCGGUGUUGCCUUCUCAGGUAGUGGAGGAGGGUAAAGUAGAUUUGCUGAAGAUCCUAAGGAGUGCUAACACCGUUAUUCCCCAUAUAGUGCUCGGGAGCACAAUUCUGGCUCUGGUGUACCCGCCUUCUUUUACAUGGUUCACAACCAGGUAUUAUGCACCAGCUUUGGGAUUCUUGAUGUUUUCUGUUGGUGUGAACUCAAGCGUCAAGGAUUUUGUUGAAGCAAUAAAAAGGCCAGAUGCUAUUGCUGCCGGCUAUAUUGGACAGUUCGUCAUCAAGCCUCUGUUUGGAUUCCUUUUUGGUACUCUUGCAGUUGCAGUUCUUAAUUUUCCAACUGCUCUAGGUGCUGGUAUCAUGUUAGUUUCAUGUGUGAGCGGAGCACAGCUUUCAAACUAUGCAACUUUCCUGACGGAUCCACAUAUGGCUCCUCUCAGCAUUGUUAUGACAGCAUUGUCAACCGCUACUGCAGUUUUUGUCACCCCAACAUUAUCUUACUUUCUUAUUGGCCAGAAAUUACCUGUAGAUGUCAAAGGGAUGAUGUCCAGCAUUGUUCAAAUAGUUGUUGCUCCGAUUGCAGCUGGAUUGCUCCUGAAUAGAUUCCUUCCAAGGCUCUGUGCAGCUAUUCAGCCAUUUCUCCCUCCGUUAUCAGUAUUUGUCACCGCAUUGUGUGUUGGCUCACCACUAGCUAUAAAUAUUAAGGCUGUUUUGUCUCCAUUUGGAUUAGCCAUCGUGCUGCUCCUUUUUGCGUUCCAUACCUCAUCUUUUCUAUCUGGUUAUCAUCUUGCUGGUACUUGGUUUCACAAGUCAGCCGAUGUGAAGGCACUACAGAGAACAAUAUCUUUUGAGACAGGAAUGCAAAGUAGCCUUCUUGCUCUUGCUUUAGCAAACAAGUUCUUCCCAGAUCCACUUGUGGGUGUGCCUCCAGCCAUAUCGGUUGUGUUGAUGUCCUUAAUGGGGUUUUCACUCGUCAUGGUAUGGGUGACGGCGAUGUGGCUGGUUUGGGACUACGGGGAGAGGACGGGGAUCAAGGGCUGGAAGGGCCUCUCUUGGGGGAUGGUUCCACUUCUCGGUGGAGCGAUGUGCGCUUGCACAUGGCAUUUCUUCUACAAUUCAGAGUCCCUUGAAGUCCUUGUAGCUCUGCAAGGUGCUCUGACGGUGAUUGGUAACAUGACAAUGUGUAUUGCUGCAUACCGCAUCUUCAAAGCGUCCCAGGAAAGCUCUAAAACUUCAUAGGCUGCAAGAUUGUAUCUUAUAACUGGUUUCACAAGGAGUGGUUUGCACCUUCUGAAAAAUGAUUAUGACCAAGUUGAAUAACAUGGAAGUGCAUCUA